UAUUUUCACUUCCUUCCAUAGAGAAACAAAGAGAGAUUAGUUGUUAGAAAAAUUAAAAGAGUGAAAAAAAAAUGAGGCCUAUAAGUAGUGUAUCAUCAACAACAUCACCAACCAAUGUUAUCAAGAUAUGGAAAUCACCAAUUCCUUAUCUAUUUGGUGGCUUAGCACUAAUGCUCAUUUUGAUUUCAGUUGCAUUGGUGAUUCUUGUAUGCAACUACAAAAAGCGCGGUUCUUCAUCACAAUCUUCGAAUUCGGAUGAAGAAAUGAAGCAAGUAAUGUCCAAGAAUGUUGAGAUGGUUAAUUCGGAGCCGGAGGUGCUUGUGAUCAUGGCUGGAGAAGCCAAACCAACUUAUUUGGCGAAACCGAUUAUCAAUUCUUCUUUGCCUUAUUGUACGUGCGGAGCUGAAUCAAGUUUGACUCAUUCAUCAGGGUUAACGACGAACGAGCAAACGAUAAGUAAUUAAGUUGUUAUUAUGAGCAACAAAAUUUUGGUGAAGUAUAGAGAGCACUUCCUUUUCAUGUUCAAGUGGUUUUGUGAGCACUUGAAUAUGAUCACUUUGAAAUGAGUUUUUGUUUUUUUAUUUUUGGGAUGGAUUUUUGUUUUUGAUAAUGAAGGAAUUGCGACUUUGCUACUAAUUAUGUUUUUGGUUCUUGUUUAAUAAAGUUUAUAGAUAUGACUAAUAGAUUUUUGUGGUUCAUAUUAGUCACCAUAAUAUUUCAACCUACAUAAUCGGAUUUCUUAAUUACGUAUUAGAGUGAAAUCGAAUACUUAAUCAUAUGAGUUUAUAAGUUCCA